AUGAAAAGUGGUUUGGUUGUGGAACUGGAAAGCUUUUGGAAAGGAUUACCCCGAACCAUAUUUUGCUGUGUUGUGUCUAACCUUGUUGUGAAUUAUGCCAAAUGUCCAUUAGCUCUUGAAGUUCUGGGAUCCUUUUUACGGGGAAAAGGGAGAAGUGAAUGGAAGAGUGCGUUGGACAAACUAGGAACAGUUUGUAGUGUUGACAUUCUGAAGACACCUGAAAUAAGUUAUGAUGGUCUAAAUGAUGAUGAGAAGAAAAUAUUCCUUCACAUCGCAUGUUUCUUUAAUGGGAAGGACAAAGAUGAAGUGAUGGCAGCUUGUGAUGUCUCUGAUGUCAUUGGAAUAGAAGUCCUCAUCGAGAGAUCACUCCUAACUAUUUUGAAUGGAAGAGUACACAUGCAUGAUGCCCUACAAGAAAUGGAUCGGAAAAUUGUCAUCAGAGAAUCUCCUAUUGAACCAGGCAGGCGUAGCAGGUUGUGGUUACGUGAAGAUGCCAAUCGUGUCUUGAGCAAGAAUACUGGUACAGAAGCAAUAGAAGGGAUAGUUCUGCACCCAACUGAGCCAGGACUAAAAGUGCAUGCGAACUCCAAGUCCUUUUCAACGAUGAAGAACUUGGGAUUCCUCGGGAUUGAUAAUUUGAUCCUUCCAAAUGGGCAUGAACACCUUCCAGACAGUUUACAGAUUCUUAAAUGGACUGGAUAUCCCGCAACUUCUCUCCCAUCCAGUUUCAAUCCAGGGAAGAUACUCGAACUUAGCAUGUGUCCUAGUUGCAUUUAUCAUUUUCUGACUGGAAUAAAGCUAAAUAAGAUGCCAGAAGAGUUGGGUCUUGUAGAGUGCUUGGAGGAACUUCAUAUGAGUGGCACUGCCAUAAGAGAUCUACCAUCCUCUAUUGGAAUGCUUGAAGGUCUUACUUCGCUGGAUUGA